AAUCAGGCUCACCCGGUGACCCGGGCACCCGGCCAACAGGCAGCAGCAUUUCGCCACGACGCCACCUACGCGCACCCGCGCCGUGAUCCCACGAGACCUCGCGACCCCACAUGUCAUGAACGUCAAGCACAUUAAUUCGUCCUCUCUCCGCUGCCCCUCCUAUCUCCUCGCGAGCACCGCUGGCCUCGCUUAACGGCCUGAUCUCCCAGCCGCCGCUUCCGCCUCGCGUCCCACCGGUCUCCAUCUACAUGCAGCCGCGCUCGCCACCGCCGUCGGAGGCGCCUGCGCCCUCCGACGCCAUCAUGAUGCCCGGCGUGGGCGGCGUGGAGCCGGCCGUCACGUUGGGCCAGGUGCCGCGCUGGAGCGACCCCGACCAGCGCAUCUUCCUCGCCUCCACGUCCGAAGAGGCGUCCGCGGAGGACGACGGAUCCGGCACGACCUCUGCGUCUGGCUUCAUCUCUUUCUCCGACCCGCUCACGGUCGACGACGGCGCCGUCGGGGGUGGCCACGCCGGGGGUGCCUCGCGCUUCCCCGUCGACCAGGAGAUCAACUCUAGGAUCUAUCUCUGGCGUGGCCAGCCCUGGAACCUCGAGGUCGACGCGGUCGUCAAUUCUACCAACGAGAGCUUGGACGAGGCGCACAGUAGCCCGGGGUUGCAUGCUGCUGCCGGGUCAGGGCUCGCCGAGGAGUGCGCCACCUUGGGAGGUUGCCGAACUGGGAUGGCCAAGAUGACCAAUGCCUACGAUCUGCCUGCAAGGAAGGUCAUCCAUACCGUGGGCCCCAAAUAUGCUGUCAAGUAUCACACAGCUGCAGAGAAUGCACUUAGUCACUGCUAUCGGUCCUGCUUGGAACUGCUCAUUGAGAAUGGUCUUGAAAGCAUCGCAAUGGGUUGUAUAUACACAGAAGCUAAAAACUACCCUCGUGAACCAGCUGCUCAUGUGGCAAUAAGAACUGUUAGACGUUUCCUGGAGAAGCAAAAAGACAAAAUAGCUGGUGUUGUUUUUUGUACUACAUCAUCAUCUGACACAGAGAUAUACAAACGAUUGCUCCCACUAUAUUUCCCUCGGGACAAGCAGGAGGAAUAUAUUGCGAUAGUAAAGCUCCCAGCUGAUGUUGGGGAUGAGAAUGGUGAGACGGCAAUAGAUGAAAGGAAAAUAAGAAUAAGACCUUUGCCUGCUGGUGUGCUAGACAGAACAGUGUCUGCAAAUCUUGUUGAUCUUCCUCUUUCCAAUUCUGGAUCGGCAUUGAAGAGGGGUUCUUUCAAGUUGGAUUCAUACUUGGAUCCUUCAUUUAUGUCAAUAAUUAAAGAUCCAGAUCUGCGGCGCAAGGAGCAGUGGGAAAAAUCCGCUCAAGCUCAAAAGGGAUUUAAUUAUGCUAGGUUAUUUGGAUAUGGGGAUCUAGGUUGCCCUUCAUUAUCUGCAGCAGAGGAAUACUCACUUCAUUCACGAUACCUCACUAAAGCAAAUUCUCUUAAUCUUUCAGAGAUUGCUGAAAUGAAAAUAAUUUAUCGUGGUGGAGUUGAUAUUGAAGGACGCCCGGUUAUGGUGGUUGUUGGUGCACACUUUCUUCUUCGAUGCCUUGACCUUGAACGGUUUGUUCUUCAUGUAGUGAAGGAGUUUGAACCUUUGAUUCAGAAGCCAUAUACAAUUGUAUAUUUCCACUCCGCAGCAUCAUUACAACCGCAACCAGAUUUAGGAUUUAUGAAGCGGUUACAACAAAUACUAGGACGGAAACAUCAGCGCAACCUUCAUGCAAUUUAUGUACUCCACCCAACGUUGGGUUUGAGAACAGCUGUUUUGGCAAUGCAAAUGUUUGUAGAUGGAGAGGUCUGGAAGAAAGUUGUAUAUGUGGAUAGGCUUGUGCAGCUGUUCAGAUAUGUACCACGCGAGCAACUUACAAUUCCUGACUUUGUUUUUCAGCACGAUCUGGAGGUGAAUGGUGGGAGGGGCCUAAUUGUAGACCCAAGAACAAAGCACAUAUACCAGAGGACGUCCAGUUGAUAUAUGCCAGUUCUGAGGCCUGAAGUUUUGCUUGAGCUUACAAAACAACAAAAAACUUUGGAAAGUACAAGUCACCCUGGGACUGAAGAGUUGAAGCUCCUGUCAACUGGCUUCUCAACCUAGUUCCGCAAAGUUGAAUCCUCAAAGCUUGCACAUUUUAUUGCAGGGUAAAUUUUCUUGUAUAUUGUUUCUAAGCAAAUAAUUUCUGUUGUGCAGGCUAAGCAUUUUGGAUUCACAUUUAUAUUUCAAUAAAAAACAAAAAGAAUGUAAAAAUGCACAAUAUAAAAACAAGAGGUCAAUGGGCAUCUCUCAUGCGCAUCCAAGGGAAUCUAGAACUUGAGAUGAACUUGAGAUGCUUUGAUUCUCCAAUUUAAGAUAGGUAUAUAAACAAUCAGUGUAUUC